AUGGUUGCAGACAUUCUCACUAAACCCCUCACUCAUGAAAAACACUGGAAAUUUGUUCCAGUCCCUGAUUUCUCUCAGCAAGUGGCUAGACGCUUCCUUCAAGCUUUGUUCUUAAUAGCUGUCACACUCAGCGCACUGGCAUUCCCUGAUGCUAGUAUCAGCCUCAUAUUCCUCCCGUUCUUUGCAAUUCCUAUCCAGUCAGGUGUGGGUGCUAUUAUAGCCUUGGACGCUAUUGGUAUAUUGCGUGGUUGGAAGAUGUUUGAUCAUUAUGCGCAUUUGAGCGGCGCGACUUUUGGAGUGUUGUACUAUUUGUAUGGACCACAAUGGUGGGAUUCUAUGAGGAUUAUCCACGAUCCUACGGAGGAAGAAAAAGAAAAGUCGGAAGCAUAG